CGAGCAGUCGGAGUGUACGGAUGAUUUCCGUUUGAACAACAAACCAGGAACUGGGGCCGGUUGCACCAGUUAUACGUGAGAUACAUGUGACGCAGGUGUAACAGAUGAUGCGAUGAUCAGCCGUCCAGAGAACAUCUGACCUGACACUGACUGACAGGUGAUGAUGAUGUCUGCAGAUCGAGGUAUAGUGGAGGAAUGGCUCUCAGAAUUCAAGAUUCUUUCUGAGACACAGUUGUCCAGUUAUGCUGGAGCCCUCCAUCAAAAGAACACACUCAUACCAGCUCUUUACAGCGUCAUUCAAGACCACAGCAGUGAGUUACUGGAGCCAGUGUGUCAUCAGCUGUUCGAGCUGUACCGCAGUUCUCAGGACGGCCUUAGACGCUUCACGCUGCAGUUCCUGCCGGAGCUGGUGUGGGUGUAUCUGCGCAGGAGUCGACAUGGCAGUGGCUGCAUUGAGGCUCUUCUGCUGGGCAUCUACAACCUGGAAAUUGUGAAUAAAGAUGGAAACAGCAAGCUGUUAUCAUUCACAAUCCCUUCACUGUCUAAACCAUCCAUAUAUCACGAGCCGUCUUGUCUUGGCUCUAUGGCUUUGACUGAGGGAGCUCUAUGUCAACAUGGCCUGAUCAGAGUGAUCUACAGUGGUCUACACCCUCAGAGAGAAACCUUCACUGCACAGAACAGGUUUGAGGUGUUAUGUUUCCUGAUGUUGUGUUAUAACUCAGCAUUGGUCUUCAUGCCGCCAUCAUCAUACCAGUCUGUCUGCAGAAUGAGUUCACGUCUGUGUGUGUGCGGGUUUCCGCGGCAGCAGCAGAAGGCGUGGAGUGCUCCCUGCAUCCGCGUGCUGUUAGAUCCAGAGUUCAUGGUGCAGAUGCUUACCGCUGUCUAUCAUGCUAUAUAUAAUGGGGAGUGGGAUGCAGGCAGAGAGGCUCUGGAUGACAUUCUGUACCGAGCUCAACUGGAGCUGUACUCGGAGCCACUGCUGCUCGGCAAUGCUAUGAAGAGCUCAUUACCGGACAGCGCACCAGACGCAUCGCAGGGGAGGAAGAUCCUGCAGCUGGAGGUGACGCCCACCAUCAGCCGAAUCUCUCACUGCACCAUCACUGCUGCGUCCAUCCGCAGACUGCGCUGGAGGAGAGAGGAUGUGGAUGGGAUGAGCCGGGGUGAAGAAUCCUUCAACCUCAAUGACCCUGAUGAAGGCUUCUCAUCCGGAGCGUCCAGCAGCAGCCAACCGAGCGGUUUCCGUGGGACUACAGCACCACGCAUGGGCGGCCACAGGAGCAGCUCGAAAAAGAACCGCUUGUCCGUCGAGAGAGAGCGUGAACGGGAGGCGUCUUCAGACCCUCAGAGGAGAACGCCUCAUUCGACCACCGUCACGCUCAACGCUAUUGAGCUGAGUCUCCCCGCUGGCUCCGCCCCCCUCGCCAGGGCCUCCAGCACCACCUCCAGCUCGUUUGACUGCAUUAACACCAGUGCAAGCUGGGCAGUGACAGUCAAUCCAGGGUUAAUCGGGUCACAGGGUGCACAAUUGAGCUCUGGUGUGGCGACUCAGAGACACUCAAACCUCAGUCUGCAGGACAAGCACUCACCGCCGCCGGACGACACAGAGCUUCUCUCUCCUGGAGCUCCGCUCACCAAACAGUCACGAUCUCCCAGUUUCAACAUGCAGAUCAUAUCACAGGUGUAGAAGCUCCUGUUUUAAUGUCUUAGACUGCCUGUCACCUCUAAAGAUUUCACCCAAAAAUGGCAAAUCUGUUGUCGUUUCAAACACGUAUAACAUUGUCUUCUGUGGAAACAGCGUGGUCAUUCUUUAAUUCACCUUUUGUGUUCCACAAAAGAAAGUCAUAAAGGUUUAGAAUGACAUGGAGGUCCAUGUGACAUGGAGUACAUGACUGUAUUUACAUUUUUGGGUGAAUAUUCCUUUAAAAGCCAGAAUGCCAAUAGACAGUUUUCCAUGUGGGAGUUCUGUCUGUUUGUCUUUCUCUCAGACCAAAAUCAAACAUUCCACUUAAUGAUUUGUGCUGGAACUCUUGGAAUUAUGGUCUGCUGUAAUAUUUUGGGAAUUAUAAUAUUACUGCAAUCACAUAUAGUCUAUAUUUUAUAAACGAUCAGCAAUAAUGAUCCAUAGUUCACCUAAACAGAUGAGAAUGCAUUACUGUCUUCCACUUUGACGUUUGAGAAUGUGCAAUCUGAAACAGACGUUUGUCUUAAGUUCGUUUUAUGCCAACUGUUUGGACUUUCCAUUGAAUUCCAUUCCAAAGACUCUUUCAAUCCUUUUAUGUUUAUGAGUUUCAACAGUUUAUGAUAUAGAAACUGAAGCCUUUUUAUUAUUACAUAAUAUUUAUUAUUAUUACUGCUAGUAAUCUUGAUCUACUUGUUUAUUGCAUUUUUGAACAUACAGCUGGCCUCAAUGAUUUAUUAUUUAUGAUCUGACAAUUAUAUUCUCAUCAUUUUCUCUUUUAUAUAUAUUUUUCUUUGUGGUUAUUGGCAGUUUGAGAGAGAGACUAGAGGGUUUUUUCAAUAUGUAGAUGUGAGGGAGAAUCUCACGAAAAACGUCCAAGUACCGCAUGCCCUUUUGAUAAAAAGAUAAAGAUAUCUAUAAUUCAGUUUUCACUGGUUAAAAUGGUAAUUCUUGACAUCAACAAUGAAAUUACUACUAGUGAAAAUGCUCAUUUUAUAUGAAUAACUAUGUUUGCACUAGUGAUGGUGCUAAUUCUUGAUAUCUGUAACAGAAUUUUCACUAGUAGAUUUUUCCACAAUGAUCUGUCGUUAAAAACGCAAUUACAGAUAUCUGUUAUUUAUUUCUUGCUAUAAAUCAGCUAUAGUGCCCUCCAUAAGUAUUUGGCUAUGUAU